UCCCGACAGGCCCCGCGCGCUUCCCGCGCCAGCUUUGCCUUCGGCCCCCCCAGCGGCACCGGAGGAUGGAGAGCCGCGGCGAGGUGGCGGUGGAGAAGCAACGCGUCCACCUGCGCCCCGUCACGCUGCGCGACGCCGCCCCAGCCACGCUGCACCUCCUGCCCUGCGAGGUCCUGGUGAACGGGCCCGCCCCCGUGGGACGCUUCUUCACGCCUGCCGUCCGCCAGGGCCCGGACGGACUCCAGGUGUCGUUUCGCGGCCGCAGCCUACGGGGCGAGGAGGUGGCUGUGCCGCCCGGCUUCACGGGCUACGUGAUGGUGACGGAGGAGACCGGAGAGAGGCAGAAAGGGAAGCAGGACUUCUCCGGGAGCUCAGAAAGCGACGGCCAGAAAGAUGAGCAGGAGCUGGUGGAAGCCCCGGAGUCGCUGGAACGGGACUUCGACCGCUUUAUCGGAGCCACUGGCAGCUUCAGCAGCUUCACCUUGUGGGGCCUGGAGACCGCCCCCGGCCCGGAUGCCAAAAUGCGUGGGGCCCUCGCUUGGCCCAGCCUCGCUGAAGCGAUUCACGCACAGGUGCCUGAGGACUGAGAACCAGAGCCUGAAAUUGAAAGCCACUGAUCCCUUCACACCAGUAAACCGGCUCUUCACUUUGGAGCCAACGAUUCCAUCAUCCCAAUAAAUGAGCUCUUCACAGUACCUGUGAGUCUCUGGGUAC